AUCACCUCCAGCAACCAGAGUGUGUGUUGAGCUCCAGAGGUUAGAGUGUGACAUUAGCCUGUUUGAUCGCAGGAGUUUCACACUAAUUCCCCUGCAGCUCGAGUUUAGCCUGUUCACACCUGUCAGCCUCGCCUCCAAAAGCCCAUCUACCACUAUGGAUGCCUUUUACUCCCCCGUUUCCCCCUCCUCUUGCCCCCACCUGUACCACCCAACCAGCGACCCCAGCAACUCCACCACCAUUGGUACUGGUAUCAACCCCGUGAUCCUAAGGCAUUACAACCACACUGGCCGCUUGCAGAACCGGACCAUCUCAGACCCGCAGAACCUUGUCAGUGUCACCACAGCCAUCUCCCUCUGUGUCAGUAUCUUCAUCAUCCUGGAGAACUUCUUGGUUCUGGUAGCUGUCAUGUCCCGUAUACGCCACAGCCGGCGUUGGGUUUACGUGUGCAUCGCCAACAUCACGCUCAGCGACCUCCUCACUGGUGCUGCUUAUGUGGUCAAUAUUUGUUUGUCCGGCAGCAAGACAUUUCGCCUCACCCCUGCUCUUUGGCUCUUCAGGGAGGGUGUGUUGUUUGUGGCCCUGGCAGCUUCCAUAUUCAGUUUGUUGCUGAUUGCUGUGGAGCGUUAUACUACCAUGAUGAGACCACUGCCUCAGAAGUCCACCAGGAGGACCUACUACAGGAUCUAUGGCUUGGUUGCGCUCUGCUGGGGUUUGGCUCUGGUGAUUGGUUUCCUUCCCUUGGUGGGCUGGAACUGUGUGUGCAGCCUUGGUGGAUGCUCCACUCUCCUCCCUCUCUACUCAAAGUCCUACAUCCUUUUCUCUCUCAUCAUCUUCUUCGUCAUCCUCCUGACUGUUGGUGCGCUCUAUGGUCUCAUCUACUGCCACGUACACAGAAGUGCACAGCAGGGCCCAUAUCGCAGCCGAAACCGCUCUUUGGCUCUGCUCAAAACUGUGAUCACCAUUGUGGGGGUUUUCAUAGUCUGCUGGGGGCCUUUGUUCUUGCUCUUACUGGUGGAUUUCUUCUGCGACUCUCGCCAGUGUGCACUGCUGUUCAGUGCAGACUAUUGCAUCUCCCUGGCUGUCCUGAACUCUGGCCUGAACCCCAUCAUCUACGCGCUGGGCAGCAGUGAGAUGAGGAAGGCCAUGGCAGAGCUGCUGUGCUGUUGCUGCGUGAGGUCAGGCCUCUGUCAUCCAGACCGCUUCACAUCCAAGGAGAGCAGCAGCACCUCAGAGAGCAGAAGGGACAGUCUGAGGAACAGUUUUAGCAAAGUCAGAAAUUUGAGCGUGGCCUCCCCGCCCUCAACCCCUAAAAAGCCGCGCAGAGCACCCAAAAAAUACAGGCUGAGCUCCACCACCAGCUGCCUGUCAGUUUCAAGUGGUUAAACCACAACAUGCUCCACUCCCAAGCAGCCAAGACUCGUGUGCAUUGAUACACAUCUAACCGUUUCCUCCCAGUUUUGAUUUGAGUGUCAGUGCGCUGCCUGCAGGGCCUUGCACUGAUGAGUACAAUCUGUGAAUUUAUCUUGAUUUUGCAAUAUCUUGACAUUUUUUUGUUACUCGACAUUCUUCUUUUAAUGGGCUUUUCAUGCCCACACUUUCUAUCAUUGCACUUUUUUGUUCCAAUUAGUGUGUAGAAAAAAUAUUGUAAAGACAAAAUGUUUGCAAGAGUUAGCUAUGACAUACAA